AAAUUAUUGCAGCCUGCUGUUCCUCACCUCACUCAGUUCUGGUGGCUUGAGCAGCACCGCAUUGUGUCAGAAAGUUGCACUGAGCAUCUGAAGCAAUGGCUGUUGUUAGCGGAACAUUCCGGAUGGUGUCCGAGGAGGAGCAGGCCCUCAGGGCUAAGCUGGAGCACCUCACAGUCAAAGAUCACGGGCCGGUGUUCAGACCCUGCGCCCAAAUACCCGACCACACGGUGCAGAAGGCUAAAGAUGAGCUAAAUGAGACAGACGAGAAGCGAGUGUCAGCCGUAAAGGAACUCAGAGGUAUUAUUAAAGAGAAGGCGGAUUCUGGAGACGACCUCGCUAAAGGUGUGCAGGACACUUUUGGGGACAAACCCGAUACCGUGCUGGUGAGGUUCAUCCGUGCCAGAAAAUAUGAAGUUAACAGGGCCUAUGAACUUCUGAGGGGUUAUGUGCGCUUCAGGCGGGAUUACCCUGAACUCUUUGAAAACUUGACCCCAGAGGCUGUCCGCAGCACCAUUGAGGCCGGUUACCCAGGGAUCCUGUCCAGCAGAGAUAAAUACGGCCGUGUGGUGCUGCUCUUCAACAUUGAGAACUGGGAUUAUGAGGAGAUCACUUUUGAUGAGAUCCUCAGAGCCUAUUGUGUGAUCCUGGAGAAGCUUCUGCAAAAUGAAGAGACUCAGAUCAACGGGUUUUGCAUCAUUGAAAACUUUAAAGGUUUCACAAUGCAGCAAGCUUCUGGCAUCAAGCCCACAGAGCUGAAGAAAAUGGUGGACAUGUUGCAGGACUCUUUCCCUGCACGUUUCAAAGCAGUGCACUUUAUCCACCAGCCCUGGUACUUCACUACCACCUACAAUGUGGUCAAACCCCUGAUGAAGAGCAAACUGUUGGAAAGGGUGUUUGUCCACGGUGAUGAGCUGGAGAACUACUUCAAGGAGUUUGAUGCUGAAAUCCUACCUUCAGACUUCAAUGGGAAAGGUGCCAAAUAUGAUGGCAAGGCCACAGCAGCACAACUUUUUGACUAAGCACUUUUUAUCUGUUGCCGCACAUGAAAGCGACCGUGUGUUAUUUUAGUUGUAUUGUAUUAUAGAAUGACUGAACAUGUUUUUGUUUUUCUGAGAGUGAACCCAGCAGCAUAGAGAUUUUCCCAUACCAAACAGCCAACUUACUGGAAAAGUCUCCAGAUGUCAUUAAAGAGGAAUGAAACCGAUACGGUCAGUUAGUUCCCUGUGAAACUGCGUGCUAUUGGAGUGCUUGACAUUCCUUACUAAUCUCAGACA